AUGCGACUGUACGAGUUUAGUUUGCUUUUAAUUCUUUUUCUUUCAAUUCUGAACACAAAAAAUGGUGUUUUGGGUGAUUACGAUCUGGAUAGGGACAUAAAACGACAAUUAGGAAAUGAAAAUCAGACCCAGCUAUCCAGAAAACGGAGGUAUUUAGUUUUCCCAGCCGGUAGUUCUUUUCAAUUAGUUUUUUGUCUAACGUUCCCGUCGGUUGGAAUGGGAUCGUUAUUUGUAUUCGGUAACACAGCGGCUUUAGCUUGGGAAUUACCAUCGACGCCCAUAUAUUUUAACAGUAAAGACUUUGAGAAAAAGGACGAGGAACCUGAAACUACAACCGUAGAGAUUCCGCACGAUAUAGAUUUAGACGCUUUAAGCCACGAUGACCAUCAUGACCACGAUCGUGCAAGCUACAACUAUGCACCGUGGAGCUCACCGUUAAGAAAGUUUGAUAACGGUUACACGAACUGGUUCCAAAGUAACAGUUUUCGAACACCUGUCAACAGUUACAGCAACCCCUUUACGAAUUUUGUGGAAAAUAAGGCUCCCAACAGAAUGACACCGGCUUAUGGAAGAUACGGUUACAAGAGCAAAAAAGAAAUUGAAGGUACCGGUAGAAGAUAUGACAGACCAAAUAUGGACAGAUAUGUAAAAAAGACUCCAGUUACUUCAUACGUUGAUCCGAUUUAUCACCACAUUCACAGGAGAACAAGAAGAGAUUUAUACCAAAAACUUGAAACAUUUUUAUAUGCAUUGAACUUAGAUGGAAAAACUUGUCUGUUAAAAGCUAUUUGCGAAAUUACGAAAUCACCAAAGAGUAAAGGAAGUUUUAUUGAAGAAGUAUUAAAAGUAAUUUUUAGGGCUAAACCUCAUGAUAAUUAUCCAGAUGAAGAUAAAUACGAUAAUGCUGCCAAUACUGAACACAACUGUAACAAAAUGUAUCCUGCUUGUAAAGGUUCGCUUUUGUCAAAUAUAUUAACAGUUUCGCAAUAA